CCUCGUGUUUGAGAACUCGGUUUAUGCGCGGGUAUUACAGAGGGAAGGCAGACCGAAGAAACGAGCCGACCCUCAAGUCGGUCUAAUCUCAAGCCAGGAGUUCGAACACUCACUUAACGUUGGCGGGGCGCAGGGGGAGGAGAAGGUGGGCGACGAGAGUACGGUGAACUGGAAGCGGACCGCCGGCGACGGUGGCCGGCUCGGUCGAGGAGGAGUUCGCGGUGCCAGGGCCGCGCAUGCUUCAACAACGAGGCUGUACAGCAACGACACCCGCACCCGCCGCUGCGACGGCCAGCUCAGCCUUAUCUUCAUCAUCGUCGUCCUCGUCAUCUUCUUCACUCACCCACAACAUGUUCCCGCAACAGUACUGCCUGAGAUGGAAGUACCAUCACAGCAACCUGCAGACCAUGUUCUCGCAGCUGCUCGAGCGGCAGGCCUACUGCGACGUCACGCUCGCCUGCGAGGGCAAAACGUUGAGAGCGCACAAGGUAAACAGAGAGAGAAUAAAUGUCGCGAUAAAAAUGUCGCGACGUCGACGACACGCUUUCUCAUAUCCGGCGAGCGCCGGCUCGCGAAUGUCGCGACUCGGUCGUCACUCGAAUUAUUAAUCCCCGGGAAGUCGCGGUUGAUCUUAGCAGAAAUACAGAACUUUUACUUAAAACGCAAAAAGAGGGAAAAAAAAGAAACCGUAAGAAACGUUCAGUUAAAUGAACCGUCUUGCCGUCUUGCUGCUCCGAGAAUAUCCCGGAUGAAAUCCCGUGCGAGUCGAAUCAUUUUCACUUUAUCCUUUUUUAUGUCUUCAGUUCAGAAAAAUAGAAUAGUAGUAAUCAGUUUAUAAAUUCACGUAUCUCGG